GCAAAACGGGCAGCCUUGGGAGCAAGUUUGGGUGAAGGAAUCAGGGAUAGUGUCGCUCCACACCGGGAGGGAGACACCGCACACGGGCUCGAGUCCGUGGCGGGGGGGGGUUGGCUGCUACAGCCAGCUUUGCGCGUUAUCACCUCAGCAAGACAAGAAAAACGUUUUAAGGAUAUAUUAUCUGGAGAAGACAUCUCUUCUUUCUCUCACCCUGCGCGGCCCCCUCCAUCCUUUAAGACCCCUAAGAGAACGAGCACCCAAAAAAAACCGUCUAGACCGAUAUUUACUACGCGAUGCACCUUCAUGAUCCUCAGAAAAAUCGACUAGGGUUAUUUUUCUUAUGACCGCCGUUACUGGACUUCAACCUGUGAAGAUUACGGACACUGUUUGAAGUGUUGACACAGUUUAGGUUCUCGACUGAGAGUAAUAAUCUCUCUCUUUUUAAGUAACCGCAACUAGUCUGUUAACGACAACGUGCCUGCGUUUUCUCUGUUUCCUGCGCAUUUAUCUCCGUAUUCUUGUUGCUCCUGUCCGUGUUGUAAGACAAAGGUCUGACAGCAGACCGCUACAGAUUACUAAACGAUGACGAGACGUGAAUUCAGACGUGCAGAAUAAUAAUCCAGUUCACCGACGGACACUGAUUUAAUAGCGUUUUUACAAACAACGGAAUUAAACCCAGUCUAAUAGGGAAGUUUCGCGUCACUUCAAGCCGAAGCUUUAUUAUAUUCAUUCCUCAGUUCCUUCAAAGCACAUGUGAGGAGGACAAUUCCUUUGUAGUGUCAAACCUUGCAAAGCUGCAGGACCAAAACUCCUACUUGGACAAGUGCUCAAAGAGAUUGUGAAUCAGGUAAGAAACUCUGAGCUGCACCCAUGCUCUCAUUAGAUGAGCCACUGGACCUGAAGCUGCCCAGAGGGCACAUCAAUGGGCAGAGCAGAGGCUUCAAGUCACCAUCCAAUCUUACUUCCUCUCAGAUCCAUGCCAAGAGGAUUGGGCAUCUUCCAAUUGCUGAUGAUGGGACAGCAGAUAAUGUUCCAGCCUCCCCUGCCUCCACCCAAAUAGGUGUAUCUGUGGUGUGCCAGGAGAAGCCUGAGCUCUCCACCCCUCCUGCAGUGGACCUUAGUAUGUCUCCAUCCUCUCAUCACACACCCUGCUCCCCUGAGCUCACUGGAAAUGGCUCCUCUCAUUUGUUCUCAGGGGACUCUGCUCACAUCCGUUAUGUUGAGGGAGGGGCCCCUUCACAAGCUUUUCAGUUCUUUUUGCCAAUUGGAGGAGGAGGGAUCCAUAUGCCAUCCUCAAUAUUUAUUGGCCAGCACAGGGACAAGAGGGCUUCCCCUGAACUUUCAGCAGAUGAACAGCUGUCCUGUCGAUGGAAGAAGUGCCAAUUGCUUUUUGACUCCUUGCAAGAUUUAGUGGACCAUGUAAAUGAUUUUCAUGUAAAGCCUGAGAGAGAUUCUGGGUAUUGCUGCCAUUGGGAGGGCUGUGCACGCAAAGGACGGGGCUUCAAUGCAAGAUACAAAAUGUUAAUCCACAUUCGUACACACACCAAUGAGAAGCCACACCGCUGCCCUACCUGUAACAAAAGCUUUUCACGUCUGGAAAACCUCAAGAUCCACAAUCGUUCACACACAGGUGAGAAACCAUACCUAUGUCCUUAUGAAGGCUGUAAUAAGCGUUAUUCAAACUCCAGUGACCGCUUCAAGCACACCCGUACUCACUAUGUGGAUAAGCCGUACUAUUGCAAGAUGGCUGGCUGUUUGAAGCGUUACACGGACCCGAGCUCUCUAAGAAAGCACAUCAAGGCACAUGGGCAUUUCGUGGCUUCACAGGAGCAGCAGACAAGCCCAGGUGGGGGAGUCGGUAGACGAGGUGGGGGCAUGGGCUCACCUGUGCUGAAGCCAUCUCACAUUACAGGGAAAGAGUCUGAGCUGAGCUAUGCCCAUAUCAUCUUGCCAAAUGCAACAGCUGCUCUCCUUGGUACCUCUCUCUCCUUGUCACCUUUGAGUCCUAGGCCCCUGGAUCUGAGCAUGCUGGGAAGUCCCAGUUCACCUGUCCUGUCCUUUAAUGGUCUGGCCAAGUCACCACUGCUACCCACUGCCUUCUCGACAUCACCGCUUGGCCUGCCUGUGGUGCCUGUUUUGUGCUCAGAUAGCAGAGGACAAGCAACAGGCAGUUCUAGAGUAAUGGAGCACGAGGAAGAAGGCCCUAGGAACAUCCUCAACCUCUCCACAGGAGAGUCAUGGGUGGUCAUACCUUCAGGCUCUUUUAUGUUGAAGCCAGCUCUGGUCAACUGAGAAGGAUACACCAAUUAUUCCAGUGGGAAGGAAGGGGGAAAGGGAUAGCAUGGGAUCAAAGAUCAAGGGGUUCAUUUUUUGUUUUCAUAAAUCAGGAGCUGUUCAGAGUUCACUGAAACAUCAUAUCCACCCAGUAAUUUCCAGCAUUGUCAUUUUAGUUUUGUUAUCAAGCCUGUGUUUCAACAGAGGUUACACAUUUUUAGAAACUAAAGGUUUUCAUAGCUAUUAUGUAUGUUACUCCCAUUACUAUCAUUUAAACUAUCACACAAAUCAGUGUGCUGAACUUGCCAUAGUCAGGCCACUAAAAAACUAUAAAAAUGCACUGCUGCAUUUUGUCAUGCACCAGCCCCUAAAUAAUAUGUAACUAGUUAGAUUUUGAGGUUAAACCUGCAGGAAAAUUGUAUAAUUUUAAGGUUUCAAACAGAAAUUCCUACUAUUUUCUACAAAACACUGGUUUUAAAAUUUGCAGUUAACGGUUUUUUUCUUUACACUUGUCCUUUUGAGAAUAACAGCACAGAGUCUCUCUUUUUUUGCUCUUUUUUUUUUUUUUUAAAGAAAGGUGCCAGUAAUUUGGAAAGCCACUGCAAAACAAAAUUUGAUGUGAUUGUUGCUUGUCUGAAGCAGGUUUUUUUAAAUCAUGGAUGUAAGGGUCUUUCUGUAAAGCUUGUGUCUAGGACAUUUUUUUACAGCAAGCUGCAUACCAGUGGUUCCACCGAGAAAUAUCUUCUCUGGAGCCCAUACAAUUUAAAACAAGCCAAUUGCCUUGGUGGUUAUGAUGCCUGGCCUAUUAGAAAAUGCCAUGUUCACAGAUAGUCUUUAGAUAUAUAAAGUGCAUUUGCAGUAACUGGAGCAACAUGAAUAUUUUCUUUGUUAUUUGAUCUAAAAACAUUACACAAUUUUUACACUGUUCACUUUAUUUGGUUAAGAAGUUCCCAGAAAAGGUUUUAUGUCCCAUUCAAAAUACAUUAUUUACAGUUUUUUGUCAGAUUUUCUUAGUCAUUUCAAAUCUGUGUUGGAAGGAUCAUCCGGUUGAUCUAUUUCUGGUAUUUGUGUCCCUACCUAUUAAAAUAGAUUAACUUUUCUUCAGCUUUUUCUUCAAGAACUGAUCUGAAGAGUCUUGCAGUAGAACUGUACAGUAUCUCGUACAAACAGAGAUGAGAUAAUAUCAGUGGCCUAAAAACCAACACAGACACUAACUCUUAGUGUUCCUGCUAUUUUUGUUUUUUUUUAUUUACAAACUGGUGUCUUAAGAAUCUAUAUAUGUGUCUGAGUAAGCACUUAACUAUUUCUAUAUAUUUAUAUGCAACAGGACGCCAGUGUGUGAAGCACACUAAGUACACCAUCAUUUGUAAUGAAUCUUAUUUUGAUCACUCUUUGGUGAACUGUAGAACUCCUUGGAGGGCUUUUUAUGAUGCAUGUAUUUUUAUUUAGGCAACACCGAUUCAGUCAGAGUUGGCAAAGGAGCUUGAUGGUAGGUUAAUUAAUGUUUAGUUAGUUCAGAGGACAAUCAGAGCAUUUCAUAUGGCUGCAUCCCUUACAGAGAUACCAUUCAUUUACCCACAGACCAACAAACCUCUAGUGAACACUGCUAUGCUGUCUAGUCUAUUACGUUGAAUAGAGACUUCAGGUUCAUCUGCCCUCUCAGAAACCACCAACCAGCACUGUUCAGACAGUUUCAAACUAGGCAGGUUUGAAUCUGGCUUAAAUUAACUGGUAUCAGACACAAGACUCUGCAAUGGGUUUUAAGGUUAACAAAGGUGUUAUAUAUUGCUUGUUAUAUAUUGUUAUAUAGUUCUACCUAAGUGUAGAUUAAUGUGGCACUAAUGCAUUUGUUGCACUAAUGCCACCAGUUGGACAUCUGUUUUAACAACCUCACACAUAGUAUGCUAGCACAGCAUAGCACUGAUACAUUUUCUUUAACUGACAGAAGAUGUCAUGGAAAGGGCCAUACUGUGCAUUACACAAGCCACUUGCAGGCAAACAAAAACUGGUGUGUGGUACAGGCCUCUGAGUCAAAUGUGAUGCUGACACAAUGAUGACUCUUGCAGGCAAACACAGUGCAUGAAAAUUAAUACUUCAUUACAGCUCAAAAAUAACAUUCCCUUUCUACAAAAGAGUGGCUCUUCUGUUUACACAUACUUAUAAUCUAAAUUUAAGAGCUCUUUAAAAAAAAAAAAAAAAAACAUUAGUCUUUGGUACCAAGUCUCUUCAUCUGAAAUGAGAUGUUAAAAAGUCUCUUCAGGGUGACUAUUCCCUUUUAUGACAGAACUCUUUAGAGCAUUCCUUAAAACCCAGUAUUUGCCUGCAUAGGUUGCUUUCAUCAGUUUUAAUAAGAAAUUAAUAACGAUUACGAUUAAAACAUUUAAAUCUUGUAAA